AUGAAUCUACCGCUUUCUUGUUCGGAUCCUUAAUUCAAUUUGUUUAAUGGAGGUUUAGGAUGCUCUCUAAAUGAAUGUGGUUAAUACAACAAAUGUUUAACAGUGCUUAAUGAAAAAUUUAUCGAAACAACAGGAUGUUGCCGUAUCAAAAUUCUAGAGCCAAAUUUUAUGACAAUUUUUAUUUAUAUAUUGAUUGUUCCAGUAAUAGGAAUAGCAAGUUUAGGGGCUUUGGGAGGUAAUGAUAAUAUAGAGCUGAUUUUAGGAGGAAUUGUAAAACGUCCGUUCCUUUAAGCUAUUUUGAAUUUUGAUGCAAGUUUAGCAGGAGAUAUUACUGCUUGCCUAAUGAUUAGUGCUUAAAUAGUGAAUAUGGUGUUUAUUUUUCUCUAGAAGUAAUUUUGCAGAUUAAGAAAAAUAGUCAUCCUGACGUACCAGAACGACCAGUUAUUAAUUAUGACAUAGCAAUUAUUUAUACUUUAGCUAUUCCAAUUGGUUUGUGUUUAGGUAGUGAUCUAUCAAACUUUCUACCAUUGUUACCAUUACUUUCAUUUUAAAUUCUAUUUUAUUUAGCAAUCUCUCCUAUUUUAAUAUAUUAUGGACGAAGAUAGAAUGAAUUAGAAGAUAUAAAGAAUGAGAACAGUAAUAUGAUAAAAGAAUCAGCCCUUCUUACUAUUUCUUAACAGCAGCUCUAAAAUCAAAAUGAAUAUACUGAUAGUUAAGCCAAACUAUAUAAAUAACUUUAUGCUGAACAAUGUUAAAGAUUUCCCUUAGUACCUAUUUUGAUAACUUUAGGUAACUUUUCAAUAAAUGAGGUAAUAAUAAAUUUUGUUUAUUAGCUUUUAUUAUUGUUAAAAUCUUCACCCUAUCAAUAUUCUCCAUAUUUCUUUCCUGAUGGAGUUCUAGAUGAUAAUUAUAAAGAUAAAGGUCCUUGUGAACCUUGGAAUUUUUAUAUGGUUCUUUUGUUGACCGUCGUUAACUUUUUGAUAACAGGUUCAGUUUAUUUUUUUAUGAGAAAAAGAGAAUUGUUAAAAAAUACAGUUAAUUUUUAUCCUCGUGAACGUUAUUUCACACCUAUAAGGAGAUUUUUCUUGGUGUACGUAGCAGGAUUUUUAACUGGAUUCGUUGCUGGUUUUGUAGGAAUGGCAGCUGGAUUAACAAUGGUAGUAACUAUGGUUUAAUUUAAAUUGAUUGCAGCAGUGGCUGGUGCAACAGCUAAUUAUUGUUAUUUUUUAAUUUGUAUUUAAGUAUUUACAAAUUUUCUUGUUGGUGAAUCUUAGAGUAAAAGUUUGGUUGUAGGUGAACAAUUCUUUUUUUAUGCUUUAGGAGUAUUGAAAUAAUUAAAAUUUAAUAGGUUCUGGCAGUUUUGACGUUCACAAAUUUUGGAUAUAAAUUAUUGUAGAAAUCUAAUAUAGGCCAUAUUAUAUUUUAUAUAGACUUUGGAAUAGUUGUUUUAAAUAUUAUUGGAAAUAUUGCAUGGGGAAUUGAAAAUGCUUAUUGGGAUGGUUUUCGAUCGUUGGAGUAACAGCUUUCAACAUGCGGAAAUUUCGUCUAAGACAAUUGA